GACUCCAUUCAUUCAUUCGUCCAUUUUGUGGAGGGCACUCGGGAAAGGGAGGCACCUUGAAGGGCAAUGCCAAAUCCAGGUCAGCUCGCCUUUUUACCAACUGUAUUAGCAUGAAGAUUGCAGUCCCCCAUCACAUCUCUGCACCGUGUCAGCAGCAGGUGGCUUUUAUUUGCUAGAGCUCUCAUUAAGGUUGAAGGGUAAGAACAGAUGCUGGAAGAUGUUCACGUUGGACAAAAGGGAUUGUGGGAGGAGUGGCUCUCAGAGUUCAAGACACUACCGGAAACCUCUGUAUCAAACUAUGCCAACAAUUUGAAAGAUAAGAAUUCUUUGGUUCCGUCUUUAUAUAAAGUUAUCCAGGAGCCACACAGUGAACUGCUUGAACCUGUCUGUCACCAGCUAUUUGAGUUCUAUCGCAGUGGGGAGGAACAGCUACUGAGAUUUACACUGCAGUUUCUACCUGAAUUGAUAUGGUGCUACCUCGCAGUUUCAGCCAGCCGAGAUAUGCAGAGUAGUGGAUGCAUCGAGGCUCUUCUUCUGGGUGUUUACAAUUUGGUUUAUUGUUGACAACAGGGUCAUAGCAAAGUGCUGAGCUUUACGAUCCCUUCCUUAUCAAAAUCAGUAUAUCAUGAACCUUCCAGCAUCGGCUCCAUGGCUCUGACUGAGGGCGCUUUAUCCCAGCAUGGUUUGUCAAAAGUUGUGUACAGUGGACCACAUCCUCAAAGGGAAAUGUUAACAGCGCAGAACAGAUUUGAAGUAUUGACGUUCCUCUUGUUAUGUUACAAUGCUGCCUUGACCUAUAUGCCUGAUGUUUCUCUUCAGUCCCUGUGCCAAAUAUGCUCAAGAAUUUGUGUCUGUGGAUAUCCGCGGCAGAGUGUAAGAAAAUACAAAGGUGUCAACAGCAGGAUACCAAUUUCUUCAGAAUUCAUGGUGCAGAUGUUAACAGGGAUUUAUUUCUCUUUUUAUAAUGGCGAAUGGGAUUUGGCUCAUAAAGCUUUGGAUGAUGUUUUAUACAGAGCCCAGCUGGAGCUGUAUCCAGAACCUCUUUUGGUUGCGAACGCAAUAAAGGCUUCUUUGCCCCAAGGUGCCAUGAAAUCUAGUAAGGAAGGUACAAGAUGUAUUCAGGUUGAAAUUACACCUACUUCAUCUAGAAUAUCAAGAAAUGCCGUAACCAGCAUGUCAAUUAGAGGGCAUAGGUGGAAAAGACAUGGUAAUACAGAUUUAACAGUUCAAGAAGAACUCAUGGAAAUCUCUGAAGUCGAUGAAGGGUUUUAUUCCAGGGCUGCAUCCAGUAGCAGCCAGUCUGCCUUAUCAAAUAAUAGCUACAGUACCACCGGCAAGGCAAAUUUAGGAAAGACUCAACGAAGGUCUGGAGGAAUCAAAGGGGGAAGCAAAGAGAAAGAAGUCCCUGGGGAAUCCUGCAGAGAGCAUUUUGCCCGAAAACAGACACAGAGAGCCGUGAGUGAGAACCUCGAGCUUCUGUCUCUGAAGAGGCUCACUCUCACCACUAGCCAAUCCCUGCCUAAGCCUGGUAGCCACAGUCUGGCUAGGACAGCCUCUACCGUUUUUAGCAAAUCUUUUGAGCAAGUCGGUGGCGUUACGGUUCCUCCUAAUCUGGCAACUCCCGUGAGUGUGGAUGCCAAUAGGUUUUCUGCCAGUAGUCUGCAGGAGGAGAAACUGAUGUACGUAUCGGAAAGAACCGAACUUCCUGGCCCAAACAAGCACCCAACCGGUCAGCCGAGACCUCCAAGCAUCAGCAUCACUCUCUCAACAGAUUGAAUUUGGACCAGAAGCAAUGGUUGGGGGUAAUCCGUUGUUCCUGCCUGAAAAUCAAUCCCCAUUUCACCCAUCUCCGCUGUCAGCGGGAAUUCACAAUGUCUUUAAAGCCUGGAGGUCUGCCUGUUUUUGAUGGAAACGCUGACUGGAUUCCCUAAAGUUGAAAUGUGUUUUUGCAGUUUUCCCAGACAUGUUUUGAGACUUUUUUUCUUCUUUGCUUGUGUCCCCGGAGACAGGCACUUGUGGCACUUAGUUGUGGCAAAAAUCACGUGAGGUUGUGUGACUUUCCAUUUUGCUCUUUAUAAGUGGUAUAUAUGACCUUCAGAGUGAAGGGUUAAAUUGGUCAUGUUGACGAAGACUGAGGCAAUUGUGAGACUUCAGGAAUCUUUCUGUGCAUUUAGCCAGCUUAGAGUUAGUUGUUUUUGUAGCAGGGCCUUAACCAUAAAACAGUAGCAGCCCUGCCAUUUUUGUUGGCAAUAGGCUAAAGAUCAGGGAGAAAGGAAGAACAGAAAGAAUUUAGGAAUUGUGGAAUUUGGGCAGAGCCUUCUGAAGGAAGGUAGGAGUUGUUGUUGUAGAGAGCUGUGAAGUACCUCUCCCAGCCCCCACUGCCCAAACUUCUGUCUCCCGACUCCUUCAUACCCUUUCCCUUCUCACCUCAUUGUGGUCCCCUGGAGCAGCAGCCAGUCUGCAGUGGCGAGUGGGAGAAACUCCAUAACUUGUCUCUCAGGGCAGGGCCUGGUUGGGUUACGGAAAAUCUUGCUAAUGCUCUGUUAAGCAUCAGGUGAGAAGCAAACUCUGUGAAGCAGAAGCUGUUUAAGGUUUGAAGACAGGCUAUUUAAGAUUAGAACAUUGAUAAUUGUACAGAGCAUCCAUAAAAUGCCUCAUUUCUCAGUAUUAGGAUAGUGUAAGAUGCCAGGAGAUAGGUGUUGUUUUACCUAUUGCUAUCAUCUGUGAGCGAGAUUUUUAAUUCUGAGAACUUGUAGAGCCAGUAAGUAUGUUGCCUUUCAGUGUUCGCUCUAGGUGGAGCACGUACAAAUGCCUUCCGUUUCCUUUGAGACGGAGUGGGACACACGUUGAUGAAAUGCACGCUUCCAAACACCUCCUUUUGGAAUUUCAGUUUGGAUUCAUUGAAAAUGAUGGGCAUUCACCACCCUAGAUGGCUGGAUUAUCAAUAUGAACCAUGCGACACCCCAGCAAAGGAAAGCAAAGCAGGAGAGCUUUGGUGAUUUUGAUUCUUGAAAAUAUUCACUUCAUGUUCAACUAAAAGAAGUUAGGUAAAUGAAAGCUCUGUAAUUCUGGAAAAGAAACAAAAGUUUGCCAAGGAAAAUAAGGAUGUCGAAGACCUACUGAAGAACAAAGAAAAUGUGUCCGCAUUUUAAAUUGUUUUUACUGUUUUGUGUUGUUUAAAAAAAAUUGAAAUUAGAAAUCUGAAUGUCUAAUAUGUCCCACUCUGUUUCCUCAUGUUUCAUUUGUAUUUUUGUAACUGAGUUGAUUUAAGAAGCCUUAUUGUUACAUCUCCCACAGACACAAUUAUAAAAUAUUCAACUAAUGAAUAUGUAUACUUGGCAGCAGUUUCUCACUUAGCGCCUUAGCCUUUGAUUUAAAAGAACGUUAUGUGUGUUAGAGGUCCCCAGAUCAUGGCUAAACUCUUUCCCUCAGUGGGCUACCAUUAGGCAUCGGGCAUGAGGAAGGAAAAAUUAAUGUUGCAGCAAAGAACAUGAGUGGGCCUGAGAAGAAAGUAAAUGGAGCUGUGUUUUUGGCUGUAAAGCCUCUCUGCUGUUCAGUGGCGAGAAAAGCCUAUUUGUCCCUUACUCCCAAACCUCUUUCCUUUGGCACCCAUGGAGAAGGGAAGUCGGGAAGAAGAGGCCUGCAGCUGCGUCCCUGGAGACAGGCCAGAGUCUUACAGUCCUGUUUACAAGUCAUAAAUGUAAGACUCAUUGCUUAGGGCUGCCAAGAUCUUUGUGGAUUUUCACUGCAAUUUUGGUACUUCAAAACUUGGUGGUUAGAUGGUUUGCCAAGCACAGUAAUACCUUUGGAAAUUAGCCACCGUCCAGGAAUGUGAGUAGCUCUGGGCUGGACCUCUUCACCCUGCUGCUGGCCGGCCUGGAUUCCCUCCCUGUCUGACCCUUAGAGCAGCACAGGAGACAGGUAGGGAAGCGGAGGGUUGGAAAGGCUGUCGUCUUUGUCAGGCGGAUGUGCUGACUUUAGGGUCUCCAAAGAUGUUGGAAGGGGGACUUAUAGUUCCAGGCUCCACAAAUAUGUUGUUGUGCUCUAUUAUACUUUCCCAAGAGCUUAGUACAGUGCUCUGCACAUAGUAAGUGCCCAAUAAAAAUCGACGGAUGGAUUGAUCGUGCAGCAUGGCACAGUUACCAUUCAAGCCAAAAAAAAAAAUGUACAGACAGUUCCUUUCCAAAGAGAAACGGUCCCAUCCAUAUGUGGCCAUGCAAAUUAAUUUUAGGGCCCAUGUAGGGCCCCCAACUAAGUGUUAUUGUAAGUUCUGUUGACUUUCUUAAGGAAGGAAAACUAGCAACUCGUCUUCAUUCACAGCUACCAGAAUGUGAGUAUCCUUUAGUAGUCGUUUUACCCUUUCAAUCUGGAUAAAUUAUUUUGUGGUAUUUCCAAAUGAGAAUUCAUUUAUUAAGCAUUGGUAGACAAGCCAGUGAACUCAACAAGGAGAGGAAUCUCUUCUAGAUUAUGCAAAUUAGAGAUCAAGACCAGGAUUCUAAUUCUGGAAAUCAAAUAACAUUGGUGGAUAAAUGAAGUAUCUGCAGUGUCAGAGUGGGCAAGUGGCUCAUCUAUUCCUCAGGCUUACAAAUCUAUCACCUGCUCAGUGCUCUCCCUCUCGAGUUGAGAAAUGAAGUAUCCAUUUGAUAGUACUCCACAAUCUUUUCAUCAUUCUCUACCCUCUUCAUCUUGCUUCUUUAUUUCUCUCUGUGGUGGAGCAGUCACUAGGCAAAUGAGCAUUGCAAACUCAUAAUUUUGAUUUCAUGCAAAGUAUAAGAAAUUAUAUACAUUUUUUAAUUAACAAAAAAAAAACCCUAUUCUGUAAAUGUAUGCUGUAGAACAAAAGGCCUGUAUUUGGAUUGUAAAGUGUGUGUGUGUGUCUCAUAAUAAGGUUCUCCAAGUCUCCCUAGGGAGGUAUACUCUUUGUUUUUAAGUAAUUUGCCCAUUAGCUUUCAGCCUUUUUAAACACUGACUCUCAAACUCUUCAUAUCCACUUUAAAUGUAUAAUUUUAGACAGAAAUUAAAUAUUGGAAAGUUUUUGAAUAACUGUAAAAUGCUGGGUGGCUUUAGCAGUAGUAACAUUUAUUGAACACCCUCUUGGUGGUGCACUGUACUAGGUACUUGGGAAAUACAAAAUAACAGUGUGACACCUUCACUGCCUGCAAAGAGCUGACACUGUAAUGGAGGAGAUGGACACAAAAAUAUUUGCGAGUACAAAAUGUGAUAGCUGUAGCAUUAAAAUACAUCCUGGAUUCCUCAUUGGGUUUGUAAGUUGGGGAGGAUUGAGAUCCAUGAGGUGGUUAGUUGCUGUUUUGGAUCCCAAACGUAGCCAUAUGACCAAUAAGUGCUCCUAUCUAGUUGAGAAAGAUUGGACGCGAAGUCCAAACUAGGAUCCUGUGUUUGAUAUGUCAGGGCCUGAGAGAACAUCUAGGCUUUCCCCCCUUUCAACCCUGAAGUUAAUAGUUUGUCUACUCUUCCCCCAGCUACCAUAGAACUGUAGGGAACCCCAACUGCAAAACAGCAUUUUGGAAGCCCACAGGACUCCUUGGGAAAGGCAGAGGCAGAAUGGAUUGGGAGUGGAAACUUCCAGCGGCUCAGGCCGCUGUAAGUGGGGGUGGGGGUGUCAAGAUUCCCCAUUUUGAGGCAUCUACUGGCCCAAAGCCCCACUCAGGGUUCCCAAUAUAAAACCCUAUCCCUUUGUGAGCAGUUUGCUUUUGUGAAGUUGCUAAAGGUUAUUUGUUCAGAAGCAGCAUUAUCUUCCCCACCCUUUUCAAUUAUGAAAUAAGUGCUCUUCAGACAUUACUCAUUUAAAAUUUUUAAAAUUGAUUGAUUUUAAUUAAAUGGAAAUGGAUUUUUUUCAACAAAAUAGAGAUUUUUUUCCCAGUUUUAACAGGAUUACUUAUUCUUUGGAUGAAAAACAUUUUAAUAUUUAACGUGUUAAAUUGAUUAGUGGUUUGGAAAAGAAAAUGGAUCCCAAGAGAUGUGAUUUCUUUUUAAAAGCUUAAAUAGGUACUAUAAAAGUAGCUGAAGCUGACAUCUAAAGUAAGACUCCACUUAAGUGAAAUGUUUCAUGAGAAACGUGAACAUUUCAAAUCAGUAUUUUUCUCAAUUGAAAUAAAAAUAUAAGCAGGGAAAUUCCUCAGAAUUAGAUAGUUAAUAGAGGUUCAUUUUACAUUUGUUUUGAAGUAACUUUGGUCUAAGGAGAAAAUCAUCUGUUGACAUUUCAUAAUUAAAGAUAGAGAAAAAAAAUAUAUUUUUUAAACCUGGGGAAGAAAAUGGAGAGUAUUGCUCUUUGAUUAGUAUGGAGCAUUUUCAGGUCUGUCACAGUGAAAUUACAUUCAAUAUUGCUAAUUGUUUCAUAUUGUAUUUAGAUAUUUUUCAAUUCCCAAAAUAGAUGCGUAAUAUAUUUUGUUUUGUCUUAUUGUAACCCAUUGAUAACAUGUCAGUUUCUCAAUUCCAAAAAGCUUACAGCAAUGACAAUGUGUAGGACUUUAUAUUCUUUGUGUUGUUUAAUCCGUUUUAAAUAGAGGCUCAGUAGAGUUUGCUUUAGGGAUACCAACAUCUUGUUUUUAUGACGUUUUUAUUGGUCAACUCAAAAUCCUGAUUUAAAAUAUCUCUGUUGCUUUUUCUUGUGUAACUGCGGUUGUGUUUGGUUCUUUAUCCUUUUUUCCCAUUAUGCAGCGGUCCUAAUUUUUACAUGGUAAAUAGUUUUGCUUUUAAAUUCUCCACUCAGAGUUUACAUUCCUGAAGUAGACACCACAAGUUGGGUUACUUUUAUGAGCUACCUACAUUUUUAUGGCCAUGGAAAUUAACUGGAGAUUAGUUUUUUGCAGUUUUGUACACUGUGUAAAUGUUUUCGGUAUUUACUACUUUAUACGGUAGCCUUGCGUCUUGUUCUUAACAGAUUUGUUGAAAUAAAAUUUGAUGUAAAUAAAAUUGCUUGUUUCUCAGCUCACAUUCUCAUUA